AUGCAGGGUCUUGCGGAUGGUCCCGUCAAGACUCACCUGUUCCGGCUUGAACUAGAUUCAGUAGAACAAGCCAUUUCCAUUGCGGAGCAGGAAGACUUCAGUCUGAGACAGGCUCGCGCCAGCUCGACAUCAUAUCGUCAACCGAGACGAUAUGACAACGGAGGUCCAGAACCGAUGGAACUCUGUUAUGUUGAGAGCGAGAAGGCUCGCUCUACAGGCUACAAGAAGUUGCAGAGAUGCAACAGAUGUCAAAAGAAAGGACUCUACGCUUACGAGUGUAGUGCCCCUCGUCCAGUGUCUCGCGACACUGGGCGUAGUGACCGUCCACCCAUGAGAAAGGGGAAGGGACGCGGGUCCGCUGUUGGUGCAAAGACGCAACAAUGGGAUGGACCGUCAAAAAACGGACAGGAUCAGUAG